CGCGUCAUGUCAGCAACUUGAAGGGAUGUUUGCUCCGCUUUUGGAGCCAGUUUCAAAUGUUUGUCGCCGGUUGCACUUUAGAUUUGACUUCAUGCGGUCCGGGCAAUCCUCGUGCGGUGGUUUUGCGUUGACGUUGCGAAAGUAACAAACUUGGAACUCUGCUCUGCAUUGAUGACUUGUAAGACGGCGACCUUAGCUUUCUAAUAAUAAUAAUAAUAAUAAAAAGCCAAACUGUCGAAAGUGCACUCGACCCUGCGCGAACGCGAGACGCGGUGUUGGCAAAGUUCCACGCGAAUUAGUUCAAGGUCCGGGACCAGGUCACCGUUCCAAGAAUGAACUCGUUCAGAAUUUCAAAAUGUUGAAGCAAGUCCAACGUUGUUUGUUGAUUUGGACGGACGGGCAGUCCCCACUAAUGUUUCCAUUUCUUUUGAUUUUGAUUCCGCCACCUGACGUUUCUUGAAAAAUGUCUUGCUUUCAUGACCCCCCCCCCCCCCAACCAAACCAAACCUGGACUUUUGUCCUUAAAGUCACGGUAUGACAGGAACACCGGUGCAAAUGAAAACUUUUAGAUCCCUCGUAGCACCGGCUGACUAUAUCGACACAAUAUUUGCCCUGUUGUCGUUCUGUCGUACACAACCGAAUAAAUUCCAUCUGACGACAGUGCUUGAAGUCAGCCGUCAUUGUGAUUCCAAUCGAAAUGUUGCGAGAAAUCACUUGUGACAAUGAAGCACGAUAUGACCAAAGAACCAAGAACAAGUUGACAGCCGCGGCGAUUGCAAAAUGCCAAAACCUGCUGGUCUUUGAAGUCCCGGCCAAAACCUGGCCUUCUUGAAUCACAAAAACCUGUUUGAAAACUGUUAACUGAAGCCAGAGUCGGCGCUUUCUCAGUUCUGUCGCAGUCGAGUUCGAGACUGCACAAAAAUGGGAGCUCGUUCAGGUCCAAAACGGAAACGGGAGACGGUAAGUCCCUGGGACGAGUGCAAUUAUUUCAAAUGAGAAAGACGGCUGGAAUAUUUGCAAGUUUGUGCGGCGUGGCACAAGGUAACAUCGCUGAAAAAAGUCCAGCAGAAAUUUUUGGAACGCGGGAAAAAGUCGAUGCUAACUCGUGGCGUUUGUGACCGCGUAUUUUGGAGAUCGGAAGGGAAAGGCGGUCCGAAACGUUUGAAGGCGAUGGAGCAGCACGUGUCUGACCUCCCGAGCGGGCCGCUGGACGUCUACAGGCGAAAAGCUUCUUUCCCGUGGAAGGAGAUGCGUCUCUUUCUGGAAGGAGAAGAGGGCGCGGCCUUCAAGCAACGUGUCUUUGCGGCGAUGGAGAACGACCCGCUCUUCUCCAGGACGGCGGGCGAAGACGUCCCUGUGGAACGCAUGCGGGAGCUCACCUUCCUCAGGGUGAAGCAGCUGUUCCGCUACGACUUCCUGACCCCCGACGAGGCCCUGGCCGACCCGUGGAAGACGGUGGUCCUCAACGACUGCUUGGGAAUGUUCGACUGGUCCUUGGCCGCCAAGUUCUUCCUCAACAAAGGCAUGUUCGGAGCGACGGUCGCCAGCGGCGGCUCAGCGCGACACAGCAAGUACGUGCACGGCGUGGAAGACAUGACGACGUUUGGGUGCUUCGCGCUGACCGAACUGAGCCACGGCAGCAACACCAGAGCCAUGAGGACCACCGCGACCUACCAGCCCUCCACGCAGGAGUUUGUCAUCAACUCUCCGGAUUUUGAGGCGGCCAAGUUCUGGGUGGGCAACCUGGGGAAGACGGCCACCCACGCGCUGGUCUUGGCGCAGCUCUACACGCCGGACGGGGCCUGCCACGGCCUGCACACCUUCGUGGUCCCGGUACGCUCGCUUUCUUCCACUUUGAGCCGCCGCGGCCAACUGGGCGCAAAUGUGACAACGGGCCGGCCUCGAGCGCAGGUGAGAGAUCCCAAGACGCUGAGGGCUCUGCCCGGCGUGCUGGUCGGCGAUAUGGGCAAGAAGCUGGGCCAGAACGGGCUGGAUAACGGGUUUGCUUUGUUCAACAACGUGAGGAUCCCGCGGGAGAAUCUCCUCAACAAGACGGGCGACGUGACCCCCGACGGUAAAUACGUCAGCCCUUUCCAGGACCCCGACAAGCGUUUCGGGGCGUCCCUGGGCGCCCUGUCCGGAGGCCGGGUGUCCAUUGCGAGGAUGGCCCUGGUCAACCUCAAGUUGGCCCUGACUGUGGCGGUCCGAUUCUCCGCCGCCAGGAGGCAGUUCGGGCCCAAGGGCGGCGAGGAGCUUCCUGUGAUCGAGUACCAGUUGCAGCAAUGGCGUCUGAUUCCGUACCUGGCGGCGGCGUACGCUCUGGAGCGUUUCUCCAAAUCCCUCUUCGACAACUUUGUGGAGCUUCGCGUGGGCCAGAUGACGGGCCAGCGCGGCGACAGACAGGCGGAGCUGGGCAGGGAGCUCCACGCGCUGGCCUGUUCGGCCAAGCCCUCGGCCUCGUGGACGGCUCAGCGGGGAAUCCAGGAGUGCCGCGAGGCCUGCGGCGGCCACGGGUACCUGGCCAUGAGCCGCCUGGGGAGUCUGCGCGACGACAACGACCCCAACUGCACCUACGAGGGGGACAACAACGUCUUACUGCAGCAGACCAGCAACUACCUCCUGACCUGGAUGGACGCCGUACGACAAGACGGAGCCCGCGUCCGAUCUCCUCUCGGCACGGUGGACUUCCUGGACGAGUUCUCCAGGAUCCGAGAUGGCCGCUUCACGGCGUGCGCCGUCGACGACUGCCUGGACUCGACAGUGGCGUUGGCGGCCUACGACUGGCUGGUGUGCUUCCUCCUGGAGGAGAGUCACAAGAGGCUGGAGCGGCACCGGACUUUGGGCCAAGACGACUUCGAGGCACGGAACAAUAGCCAGGUGUACUACUGCCGGGACCUGGCCUCGGCCUACGUCGAACGCUGCUGCCUCCAGAGGUUCCACGAGUGGGUCCGGCACGAGGACACGCCGAGGCGGCUGCGGGACGUCCUCGGGAAGCUUUGCGCGCUUUACGGACUUUGGAGCCUCAGCGGCCACAUGGCGGCGCUGUACCAAGGCGCUUUCCUGAGCGGAAGAGAGCCGGCCCGCUUGAUCCAGUCGGCCAUUCUCACUCUCUGCGAGCAGCUGAAGGACGAAGCGGUGGCGCUGGUGGAUGCCGUGGCCCCCCCGGACUUCAUCCUCAACUCCCCGAUCGGCAACGCCGACGGCCAGUUGUACAAGAACCUCUGGUCGGCGGUGACGCAGGGCCACGGAGCGCUGGAGCGGCCGUCCUGGUGGAAAGAGUUCUGCUCCGACAAGCCCGCCGUGGGAUCUCUGCGGCCCAAACUCUAGACGCGUCUUUGGAUUUGGAAAGGCCACCGAGAGUUGUUCUGCGCGUUCCUUCCUCC